GUUGGAUCAACUGCUUUUAAUCGAUUUCAUUGUAAUUCCCUCCCAGGUCUGUGUGACCUGUGUCCCAGUCUGGAGAAACAGCUGCUGGUCUUUCCGGGUCACAAAUGCGGCAGCCUGCAGCUGGUUGACUUGUCCAACACCAAGCCGGGGACGUCGUCGGCUCCCUUCACCAUCAACGCCCACCAGAGCGAGAUCGCCUGCGUGGCGCUGAACCAGCCCGGCAGCGUGGCGGCCUCCGCCUCGCGCAAGGGAACGCUCAUCCGCCUGUUUGACACCACCACCAGAGACAAGCUGGUGGAGCUGAGGAGGGGAACCGACCCGGCCACGCUCUACUGCAUUAACUUCAGCCACGACUCGUCCUUCCUGUGCGCCUCCAGCGAUAAAGGAACAGUUCACAUCUUCGCGCUCAAAGACACCAAACUCAACCGCCGCUCGGCGCUGGCCCGUGUUGGGAAGGUGGGCCCUGUGAUUGGUCAGUACGUGGACAGCCAGUGGUCGUUGGCCAGCUUCACCGUGCCGGCAGAGUGCGCCUGCAUCUGCGCUUUUGGAAAAAACACGUCCAAGAACGUCAACUCUGUCAUUGGUGAGGAAACACGGAUCACACGUAACAUAACACGUGUCCACCCAUCUGCUGGACGGGACCUUCCAUACGUACGGUUCACCCGGAUGGAAACUGCAACCGGGGAAGCCUUCGACGUUAUCUGGACAUCUGUGAUGGACGACGACUUCUGA